CCCACCCACCCUCCCGCCCGCCUUUCCUGCUCGCCCAUCGAAGCGGUGGGCGCUGAGCGGCGUCGCCAGGCGGAGGCCGCCCUUGCUUCAGCUGUCGCCCGGGGAGGGGUCAAGCCAGCGGCGAGGCUGCCCUGCCAGCUCUGGUGAUCGCGGGCGGCGGGCACUUUCCCGAAGGCUGCCAAGAGCGAUCCGGGGCUGCUGGUGCAGCGACGAAGCACAACCCGUGCGGCUGCUUCUGCUUCUCCGCUUGGGCUUUGAGCCGCCCGCAGGAGGGAACACCAUGCCGAAGAGAAAGUUUCCAGAGGGUGCUGAAGCCAAGGAUGCAGCAAAAAUAACAAAACAAGAGCCAACAAGACGAUCUGCAAGAUUAUCAGCUAAACCUGCUCCACCAAAACCUGAGUCUAAGCCGAGGAAAAGCGCCAAGAAGGAACCUGGAACAAAGGCUAAUAAAGGUUCUAAAGGGAAGAAGAAUGAAAAACAGGAAGCUGCAAAGGAAGGUACUACACCAUCUGAAAAUGGUGAAAGUAAAGCUGAAGAGAUUCUCAUCUCUCGUUCAACUGUUAGUGUUUCAACAUCCAGAGGUAUCCCACCCAGCAUGUCAGUAAAAGGGCAGAUUGAAACAGUGAAAGUUAAGGGUACAGUAGAGCAUUCUGCAUAUGCAGUGAAUAGGAGCAGAUAGUAGUGUGGUGCUUUUCAUUGUGAACAAUGGAAGCUAGCAGGUAAGGUUUCUAUGGCUUUUACAAACCAGGAACCUGUAAAUGUAAGAAUAUUUAUAGUUGUCCUGUCUAUAAUACAAUAGUUGUUAAAUAACCUGUUUCGUCUGCUUCAAACCUUUGUAGCAAAAGGGAAUGAUGGCGAUUGCUGAAAAGUUGUUUAGAGAAGAUGAAGUAGGGUUAGUUUUUCUUUAUAAAAGGCAGACUGGCAUAACGUUUUCCCUUUUCCCUUUUACAGGCACAGAAUUGAAUCAGUAGAUGACAGGUGCAUAUGAACUGACAUGAACAUUUGAGGAUGUUUUUAUGUACCUCUUGACAACUUUUAAAAGAUAUUUUUAUCAAGGAUUUUGUAAAUGCUAAUUUUUUAGGACUUACAAUGAGUUGAUAAACUAUAUAUGAACACUUCUUCCUUCUGUAUCAGUACUUCUAGAAAUUCCCAACAUUGUCAAGUUAAGGGGAAAAAAGCGUCAUUAACACAACUUUUGGAAAACAAAAGUAUUUAUAAAAUUGAACAAGCAUUCCAUAUAUUUGCUUUUCAGAGGUGUAAGUCUUGGUGCAUAUAGUGAUGUUUUUACUAUGGGUGUUAGAGAUCUUUUGCCAUUUUCCCCCUAGAGCAAUAAUCUGUGGUGCUUUUGUAAUUAAGAAUUAAGUGUUUUUAAUGAAACAUGUAUACAUUUGGCUACCUGUUGCCCAUUAUGGGACCCUUUUCAUUUAAAAAAAUUAACAAAGUCUCAGUGCUAACAAAUGUGGUUCAUUAUCUUUCUAAAUCAGAGGUAUGCCUUGUAAUGCUUGUCAGAAAAAUAUUAAGCACACUUGUUUAGAAAUUUGGUUACAACUGUUAUUUCAGAAUCAAGAUUAUAGCUCAUAGAAAAUAGUGGGGCUUACAACAUAAUACUAAAAAUUGAUUGACUUUAUGGUUAGGAACGGAUAAGAAUAAUAUUCACAAUUUAUGUAUUUUAAGCAAACCAGCAGAGUUUUAAGAGGCAGCCACCCCUUUUGCAGAGCUAUUUGCCAAAUAUACCAGAACACCCAAAGCCUGAAUGCAAAACUAGAGUCUUUAAGGAGCUCUGAUGAGCUAUCUUACACACUUGGAUGGUUCACACAUCUUGAAGGCCUUACACUUUGUACAGACAAAUGUAAAUUGCCCAUGGAUUAUGUAACAAAUUAUUUUUUUCAGCACUGUUUUAUGCUACAGUAUUGUAAGUGGAAAUUAGUUUAUGCUUUCUUGAAAGAACAGUUUCACUUUUGUAUCUCCUCCUCUUAACUGUCUCCCAAUUCAUAUACAUAUAUAUGACUGAAAACUGCAGUUUGUCUCAGCUUAACCUUUAGUAUUUUCUGUUGCUUUUUUGCAUUUACUUAAUUUUUUAUAUUAAAAUGGAGAUUUAAAACACUGGGAUGGUCUUCUGAAGCAAUGAUGUAAAAAUACAUUUGAAGGAGUCUAUAAUUGUAAUGAUGUUAAAAUAGGAAUUUUUUUCCUAACUCAUAUUAACACUGCUUUAGCCUCUUGUAAGCAUCUUGUCAUUUCUCUCUUCUUUUGGACUGAAAUUUAAGUACUUUUAUUUUCUGAGGGUUUGGAAAUUUUUUCUUCAUGACACCUUUAUUGCUGCACUUGUGGCCAUAAUGUUUGGAGUUAUAUGCAUGUUUCAAUCAAUAAAGUAAUUAUCAUCCAA